AUGUCUUCCUCCAUCAAAAUCGAGUCUGUUGUGAAGGAGAAGAACCGGAUGGGAGAGUGCCCAGUCUGGGAAGAAAGGGAGAAUGCACUUGUCUAUGUAGACAUCAACUCACAGAAAGUUUGCCGCUGGAGCCCAGUCACCAAUGAGGUGCAGAGUGUGUCUGUGGACGCCCGUGUCGGCUCAGUGGCUCUGCGGCAGUGUGGGGGCUAUGUCAUCGCCCUGGGGACAAGGUUUGCCUUCCUGGACUGGGACACACAGGCAGUCACCACCAUCCUCGAGCUCGAGCAGGAUAAACCCAACAACAGGUUCAAUGAUGGGAAAGUGGAUCCAAAGGGGAGGUUUUUUGCUGGUACAAUGGCUGAAGAGACAGCACCAGGGGUCCGAGCGAGGCGACAAGGAGCUCUCUACACCCUCUUUCCUGACCAUUCAGUAAUAAAACAGUUAGACCAGUUGGAUAUCUCCAAUGGUCUGGAUUGGUCCCUGGACCACAGGACCUUCUUUCACAUCGACAGCCUGUCAUAUGCUGUCCAUGCCUUCAGCUAUGAUGUGCACACUGGAAAGAUUGCCUGCCCCAAGCUUUUGUACCACCUGGAAAAGGAGGAGCAAAUGCCUGAUGGGAUGUGCAUAGACACAGAAGGGAAGCUCUGGGUGGCCUGUAUUGAUGGUGGCAGAGUCAUCCGCAUAGACCCAGAGACAGGAAAAAGAAUCCAAACUGUGAGGCUGCCUACUCCAAGGAUCACCUCUUGCUGCUUUGGUGGAAAAGACUACUCAGAAAUGUACGUGACUUCUGCAUACGAUGGGCUGGACGAGGCCACCUUAGCCAAGGAACCUCAUGCGGGAGAGAUUUUCAAGAUAACAGGCCUGGGUGUGAAAGGGAUCCCACAGAAUUUCUAUGCUGCUUGAACUUUGACUCUAAACAGCAAAGAAGAAAUGCUUCCAUCUUGUAGUAACUCUGACUGGAAGAAGUCGAAUGAACUACAGAAUUUAUUUGUGUGAAGAUUUCUGAGCCCACAUUCAUGAGUGUGCUUGUUUGGAGUUGAAGAUACUUCUUCUUCUGUGGGCCUGUGGCUUGAUGCAAUAGGUUAGAGAGAUAAAGUUAAUCUGUGUUACACCUUGAUAGCUUUGGCUUUCCAUAAA